AUGAAGAAGAAAGAUCGAGGAGUUGUCACCAUCCCUUGCACCAUUGUUGAUAGGUCAUUCAAAAAAUCUCUUAUUGAUCUAGGAGCUAGUGUGAGUCUCAUGCCUUUAUCCAUUUACAAGAAACUGGGUAUAAGGGUUGUGCAAGAUACCAGGAUGACACUUAAAUUUGCCGAUCAUUCGGUCAAGAAACCUUAUGGGAUAGUUGACGAUGUUCUAAUGAAGAUUGAUAAGUUUGUAUUCUCGGUGGAUUUUGUGAUUCUAGAAAUGCCUGAGGAUGAAGAGAUUCCUCUCAUUCUUGGGAGACCCUUUUUAGAGACUGGAAGAUGUUUGAUCAACAUAGAGGAAGGUACUAUGACUUUGAAGGUCUAUGACGAGGAAUUAAAAAUUGAUGUUCGAAACACCAUGAAAUACAAAGAUGAUAUUGACACUAGUCAUACAAUAGAGGUUAUAGAUCAAGUGAUUGCUUAUGAUAGUCCUUUGAAUGCACCGCAGUUACCUUUAAAAAGAGUGUUGAGCUUGUCCAUUUUUUACAAUGAUAAAGAAGUGGACAACAGAGAAUCAGAAGUGCUAGCCGUGAUGAACGCACAACCCCCUUGGAAAGGAUCUCGACCACACCGGUGGGAAGAUUUAUGA